ACCUGCCGUCUCCUCCACUCCACCGCUACUCCCAGCAGAUGCCGCGCAAGGUGUCCGCCGUCGCCGCCGGCGAGGCCCACACGCUCGCCCUCACAUGUAACGGGGAGGUGUACUCAUGGGGGCGGGGGACGUUCGGCCGCCUCGGCACCGGCCGCGAGGCGGAUGUGCAUGUGCCCACGGCUGUCGUGCCUGCAGCCGCUGUUGGCGGCGCGGGACAGCGGCCCAGGUUCGCCGCCGUCGCAGCCGGCGCAUACCACAGCCUGGCGCUGGACGAUGAAGGCUCACUCUGGUCAUGGGGCUACAAUAUCUAUGGCCAGCUUGGCUACGGGGAAGAAAAUUCCCUUUCUCCAUGUUUGGUUGAGGGUUUCCAAGAUUUAGGUUCUCCUGAAACACUGCAGGAUGAAGCACGGAGCACUCUUGCGCAGACCCCUUUGAAGUUGUCUUCUGUGAAAGCUGGGGGCAUGAUGUCAUUCGCCAUAGACAGUCUUGGUGCCCUGUGGAUGUGGGGAAAUUGCCCGCAGCAGGGUGAUGAUGGAGAAUUUUGUAUAGCAGUUAGCUCUGUCCCACUGCCUGUGUGGGAUUUCCAUGGUCACACUGUGGUUAAGGUUGCCUGCGGUAAUGAACAUGUUGUAGCUGCAGUUAGUGCUGGAGAGACCUAUACAGGGGGUGACCUUGUUUGUUAUUCCUGGGGCAACAACAACCAUGGCCAGUUGGGUCUAGGUGACAAGGAAAGUAGGUCUCGUCCGGUGCUUAUCUCAGAAUUCAGUGAAGGCUCUGCUUGGGAGGUGUAUGAAAUUGCAUGCGGAGCUUGGCACACUGCUGUGCUAACCAAUAAGAAGUCUUUUGAUCAGGAUCUUGAAUCUCGGUGCUGGACAUUUGGGAUUGGUGACAAUGGGCAGCUUGGCCAUGGAACAACUGCCACUAUUUGCUCCCCGCAGCCUGUUGAUGGAUUACCUACAGGUUCCUUCCUUAUCUCUCUUGAUUGUGGAUUGUUCCACACAGCAGUAGUCUCCUCUGAUGGUGAGGUGUGGUGCUGGGGAAUGGAGAGAGGUCUUGGAUUGUGCCCAGAUGCUAGUUUUUCAGGAAUUGAUGCAGGGGAUGCUUUAUAUCCCAUAAGAGUUCAGUCUCCUGAAACAAAUGGGUUUAAGUUUCUGGGUCCAGUGCAGGUUGCCUGUGGAGCUGCACACACUGUUCUUGUUGCUGGUGAGGGGUAUAGGAUGUGGGCAUGGGGCCGAGGCCGGAGUGGUGUACUGGGGAGAGACCAGACUACAGACAGCUAUACUCCAUGCGUUGUAAUGUGGCCUCCUCUUGAUGAGAACUUCCAAGAAAUCCAUGAAGACCAAGCGCAGGCAUCGACAUCAAGAGUGAAUGACCGCACUAACACUGAGUUGGAGCAAAAGUUAUCUGCUGCCUCAGAGGAGCUACAGUUCCUUAGGUCAAAACUGACACUCAUGGAGAGGUAUGCUAACAUACUUCACAUUUCAAUAUUUCGCAAGCCAAUGGACGAACGGACGCUUCCGCGUUCACUUCAGGAGUCUGCUGUCUUUGAUAUCAGAAAGGAAUUUGAGAACAUAUUGGAUUCGUCUGAUACUGAUGAACUCGCUCGCUUGGAGAUGUUUUACCGUAGCAUGCUUUCUGGUGUGAAGGACAAGCUUCUGAAGAGAAAAGUCCAACAGAUGGUCCAGGAAUGCAUUGUUUCACUCUCUGCAGGGAGGCAAACUCAGCGAGGUCAGUGAGUUGGAUGUUAGUUGUUAUAUACUGCAUUUCCAUUGUACAUUAUCAAACUUAUGUACUCCGUGUUAAAGUUGCAAUAAGCUCCCUGUGCAUACCCGUUAACUUUUUCACCCAUUUCGUUGAACACUUAAACAUCAAUUGUACUGCAAUGUAAUCAAAUUAUUCUGUAUCACUUAUCACUGAUGAUCACUUGGCUGACCAUUUUCUGAGAAGGAUCAUUUAUAUCGUAUAAUUCUCUGGUUUAUCC